ACAACCAUUCACUUCUCAUACCUUGUCAUUUCUUCUCUUUCUUUUCUCUCUCUUUCUUUCUUCUUUUCUUCUCAAUCUCAAAUCUCUGCAACUACUCCUCUUAGCUCUUAAAAUUGAUCAAAUCCCAUCUCAAACAAUUCCAUACCUCAAAAAUCAUCAACUCUUUCACUUAGAUCACUUAAAACACUCUUUUUCUUGAGGAUACUUAUAAACAAGGAGAAAGAGUGGAAGGGAGAGAGAAAGGUGUGCAAACGAGAGCUUGAAGGGGUUUUGAGAUGGAGUUAUUCCCAGCUCAACCAGAUUUGUCUCUGCAAAUCAGUCCACCAAACACCAAACCAACAUCAACAUGGAGAAGAACUAGUACUACAGAAGAAGAGAUGGAUUUGGGAUUUUGGAAGAGAGCUUUGGACUCGAGGAACUCCGUGUCUUCAAUGGCUAAACCAGAUAGUUGUUUUGAGCUUUCCUUAUCGAACCCAAGGGUUUCAGAGUCCAACCCCAACCAGUUUCACAUCCUUCAGAACAAUAACAAUUGUAAUGGUAGCCUUUUUCACUCUUUUCCCCAAAACCAGUACCCUACUCACCACCAAAACCAACUCCACAACCCAGUUCUUUAUCAUCAUCCUCAUCCUCAUCCUCAUCAUCACCAUCACCAUCAUCAUCAUCAACAUCAACAACAACAACAACAAGGACUCAGCCAAGAGAUUGGUUUCUUGAGACCCAUAAGGGGAAUUCCUGUUUACCAAAAUCAUCCUGCUGCUUCUUCUCCUUUCCCAUUUCCUCAACAACCUUUGGAUUCUUCUUUGGCUACUUCUCCUCCUUCUUUGGUUACUAACAACACUAGUACCUCAAGUUUGAGUUCCUAUCAGUCUCAAGGGCUGAUGAGAUCGAGAUUUAUGUCGAGGUUUCCGGCCAAACGCAGCAUGAGAGCACCAAGGAUGCGGUGGACAACCACACUUCAUGCUCGCUUUGUUCAUGCUGUUGAGUUAUUGGGUGGCCAUGAAAGAGCUACUCCAAAAUCAGUUCUUGAACUAAUGGAUGUCAAAGAUCUUACCUUGGCUCAUGUUAAAUCUCACUUACAGAUGUAUCGAACUGUGAAGACCACCGAUAGGGCAGCAGCUUCUUCAGGACAAUCAGAUGCCUUUGAAAAUGGAUCAUCCGGUGAUACUUCUGAAGAUUUGAUGUUUGAUAUUCAACACCCAAGAAGGCCCGAGUUACCUAUGCAGCAGGGAAGACCAAAUGUUCAUCAAGAGAAGGAAUAUCACGGCCUCUGGAGCAAUUCUUCAAGCAGGGAAGCUUGGCUGCAUGGGAAACAAAAGGAUUCCAAUGGAAACCUCCCUUCUCUUGAGGAUAUGGAUCCAAAGUGCUUGAGCUACGACGGAAUAUCAGAUGUAAGCUCACCAAAUCUUUCAGGGACGAGCCCCAAGAAGCCUAAUCUGGAGUUCACCUUGGGGAGGCCACAUUGAAAUCGUCUCCCUAAACUACUCAUUUUGAAAUGAUUAAAAUCUCUCUCAAGCGAGCUGGUGAAAAGAAUCAGGUACCCGCUGAGAAAAUCAGAGAGAAAAAGGAAAGCUAAAAAGAAAAAGAAAAGAAAAAGAGAGGUAAAGAAAGACAAGGAGACAAGAAAGACAGAAAGCAACAAAAGGAAGAGGGUGAGAAAAAGCCAAUGUCCUUAUUACUAUCUAGCUAGCAAUCAAGCUGUGAGAUCCAAAUCAAAAUAUUUUAUUCCUACGUAAAUAUGAAAUCUAAUUGAUUUUGUAUGUUUUGCAGUCGAGAGAGAGAGAGAGAGAGAAAGAGACAACUUUAGAUAGAGAGUGACGACCCUUUAACUAUCUUUAAAAGUAUCGAGUGAUCCUUGGUAAUUGUAAUGGAGAGAGCACUUUACAUUUUAUCAAUUAUAUUUUAUAUAAUUUCCAACAAGGGAUUAUAUUUCUGUUUU